CUUUUUAUUUGUUGUCACUCUCUUCUAGUUCUAGUUGUAGUAGCCCUCACCCCACCCUAUUGCUUGCUCUAAAUAUCCUUUAAUCUGUAGGAGUGAAGUAUGGUAUGGUAAAUAUAUAUAACUACCAAAGAAAGCAGCUUCUAACUACACUCCAAAAACCGGCCUCGGAUUGCCAGAUUUAAUCAUAUUUCCAAAUUACAUAGCCGGCACCUACAUUAAUUCAAACAAGACAAGAAAGAAACAAUGAUUGUCUCCCCCCUUUUCUUGCCUAGUUACUCUCACACCCCUUCAAAGGUCAAAUCUUGAUUGAUUUCGGAGAUGGGUUUGUCAGCUUUACUAUGCAUUUUGGCUGUUUUGUGUUGGAAUGGAGUUGAAGGGUACGAUACUGGGAGUGGUGUUGUUGAUGGGAAAUUGAAUGUGCACUUGGUUGCUCACUCCCACGAUGAUGUGGGCUGGCUCAAGACAAUCGAUCAGUACUACGUUGGCUCCAACAACUCUAUUCAGGGUGCGUGCGUGGAGAAUGUUCUGGACUCGGUUGUUGUCUCUUUGCUUCGUGAUCCUAAUAGGAAGUUCAUUUUUGCUGAGAUGGCAUUUUUCACUAGAUGGUGGGGAGAGCAAAGCCCAGAAAUUCAACAAGUAGUAAGAAAGUUGGUCGAUGCAGGCCAGUUGGAAUUCGUGAACGGAGGAUGGUGCAUGCAUGAUGAAGCAACUACUCAUUAUAUCGACAUGAUUGACCAAACAACUCUAGGCCAUCAGUUGAUAAAGAGUCAAUUUAAUACAACUCCUCGUGCUGGAUGGCAGAUCGAUCCCUUUGGGCACUCUGCAGUGCAAGGUUACCUUCUAGGGGCUGAGCUAGGAUUCGACUCUAUUCAUUUUGCUCGAAUUGAUUACCAAGAUAGAGCAAAACGCAAGGGAGAUAAAUCUCUUGAAGUCAUAUGGCAGGCUUCAAGGACAUUUGGGUCCUCUUCUCAGAUAUUUGCAAAUGCAUUUCCUCGUCAUUAUAGUGCACCUGAUGGUUUCAAUUUUGAAGUCAGCAAUUCCUUUGAUCCUGUCCAGGAUAAUCAUCUCCUGUUUGACUUUAAUGUCGAGCAACGUGUUAAUGAUUUCAUUGCUGCUGCCAUGACUCAGGCUAAUGUUACUAGAACUAAUCAUAUUAUGUGGACUAUGGGAGAUGACUUCCAGUAUCAAUAUGCUGAGUCUUGGUUCAAGCAGAUGGACAAACUCAUACAUUAUGUGAAUAAGGAUGGUCGGGUUAAUGCAUUAUAUUCCACGCCAUCCAUAUACACAGAUGCGAAAAAAGCUGCCAACCAAGCAUGGCCUCUCAAACUCGAUGAUUAUUUCCCAUAUGCAGACAGCGCCAAUGCCUACUGGACUGGCUUUUUCACAAGUCGCCCAGCCCUCAAACGAUACAUCCGUUUGUCGAGCGGAUUUUAUAUGGCAGCGCGUCAACUUGAAUUUCUGGCGGGAAAGAGAUCACAUGGUGCUAAUACGGACAGCUUAGGUGAUGCUUUAGGUAUUGCACAGCACCAUGAUGCUGUUACUGGUACUGCUAAACAACAUACCACGAACGACUAUGCAAAACGUUUAGCUAUUGGAUCCUCAGAGGCAGCAGCUGUGGUAAAUUCAGCUUUGUCGUGUCUGAUUGAUUCAAAGUCGAAUGGAAACUGCACUGCAUCUACUUUGAAAUUUAACCAGUGCCAGUUACUGAACAUAAGUUACUGUCCAUCAACAGAAGACGAUGUUCCCAAUGGGAAGAGUUUGGUUAUUGUCGCAUACAAUUCACUCGGAUGGGGCCGUACUGAUAUUAUCAGGAUCCCGGUUAAUGAUCAUAAUCUUGUUGUCAAAGACUCAUCAGGGAAUGUUGUUAAGUCUCAAUACAUAGAAAUGGAUAGUGUGACAGAUGAACUGAGAAAAUUCUAUCUUAAGGCAUAUCUUGGGAUUUCGGACACUAGUGCUGCCAAAUAUUGGCUCGUCUUUCCGGCAUCUGUGCCACCUUUGGGCUGGAACACUUACUUCAUCUCUAAAGGGACUCAAAAGGGAAGGAGGCGAAAAUUUUCUACCAGGGACGUUGCACAGAAUGAAACUAUUGAAAUUGGACCAGGAAACUUGAAACUGUCAUUUUCCACCACAUCGGGGCAACUUACGCGCAUUUUCAAUUCUAAAACAGGAGUCGAUAUACCUGUGCAACAAAGCUAUCUGUGGUAUGCUUCGAGUCCGGGAGAAGCUGAUCCUCAGGCUUCUGGUGCUUACAUUUUCCGUCCCACUGGAUCACUUCCUUCGGUUGUCUCUAGAUCAGUUCCGUUGAAGAUCAUUAGAGGGCCACUAGUUGAUGAAGUUCAUCAGCAAUUUAACUCGUGGAUCUACCAGAUCAUUAGAGUCUACAAAGACAAAGAUCAUGCUGAAUUUGAAUUUACAGUUGGCCCAAUCCCCACAGAUGAUAGUAUCGGGAAAGAGGUUAUCACGAGAUUAUCUGCUAAUAUGGCCACUGAUCAAGUGUUCUAUACCGAUUCCAAUGGCAGAGACUUUCUAAAACGCGUUAGAGAUUACAGAGCCGACUGGCCUCUCACAGUUACUCAACCUGUUGCGGGCAAUUAUUAUCCAAUAAAUCUUGGGAUCUUCGUGGAGGAUAAGAAAUCAGAAUUGUCAGUCCUUGUUGAUCGGGCCACGGGAGGAUCCAGCAUCAGUGAUGGAGAAAUCGAGUUGAUGCUGCAUAGGCGCAUUCUCAAAGAUGAUUCGAGAGGAGUAGGCGAACCCCUUGAUGAAAUUGUGUGUAUCAACAACAAUACAUGUGAAGGACUCACGGUUCGAGGAAACUAUUAUGUCAGCGUGGACAAGCUUGGAUCUGGAGCACGUUGGAGGCGAAGAGCAGGCCAGGAGAUCUAUUCGCCACUUGUGUUAGCCUUUUCACACGAGGAGUCGGAGAAAUGGAGCUCGUCUUAUCAGGUGGAUGGAAGUUCCAUGGCAUCAAACUACAGUUUGCCUUUGAACGUUGCACUGAUUACUCUCCAGGAGAUGGGAGACGGAAGUGUCCUCCUCCGUUUGGGAAAUCUGUAUGAGGCUGGUGAAGAUCCUGACUACUCAAAAGUUGCCAAGGUUGAGCUAAAGAAAAUGUUUAGUGGCAAAACGAUAACAAAGAUCAAGGAAACGAGCUUAACAGCGAAUCAAGACAAGUCGGAGAUGAAGAGGACGACAUGGCAAGUGGAAGGCACGGAACAGAAUGAGGCUGCUGCUCCGACUAGAGGUGCUUCGGUGGAUGCAGCUACUCUUGUUGUCGAAGUUGCUCCUAUGGAGAUCCGGACCUUCAUCUUAACCUUCUGAAACGAGACGACACGACAAACAAGUUGAUUAUGAUAAUGGAAAGCAGCAUUUGCUCCUUUGCUUGAACUUCUUAAAUAACACCAGCUGCUGUCAUUUCUUCCCAGCUGAACAAAUGAAAAAACAAAAAAAGAAUCAGCAAAAAAUAAAGGGGAAGGAGUUGUUGCAGCACUGGUUUUUCAUCUGUAAUUUGAAACACUCUUGUUUGGUGUUAGUCUUGAACUUGCAUUUUGCAUAUAUAUUGAUUUUAGCUGUUUUGGGUUGGUUUUCUAAA